UAGACUUUCUGUUUGGAUGCGUGCUGAGACGGAAGCCGCAACUUCAUCCCGAUUAUCUGCAUUUACUGGUUAUAAUAAAGAUUUCGGACAAAUGCACCUGCUAAUGAACGAGUUCACGGUGUGAAGUAUGUGACUUAGUGGCAUCCAUUCUGUGUUGGCCUCUUAUCAAGACAGUCAGCAGAAAGAGGAGCUUUGCGGUCAUCAGCUGGUGCAUGAAAAAGUCCUUCCAAUGUCUUUAGCAGAGGAUAUUCUGGAUGUGCUGCGCAUUGUCCUGGAGUACUUUGGAGUGCCUCCAGACAUGCUGGUUCCGGUGUGGGACAGUCAGCUCUGUGGUCAGUAUCGCAGCAUUGUCCGGAUGAUCGGGACCAACCUCCCGCUGGCACCUACACCACGUGUCCACUUUCAGGUCCCUCUGCUCAACUAUAGGCCCCAGGGUUAUGGUGACAUCCCCGCGGAUACACCCGCCAUCCCCUCAUUCGCUGAUGUCCUGUGGGUGUUUGAGGACGAGGGCGACAGCUUUGCCAAGACCAGGAACCAAUUGCCUCCAAAGAAGCGAAUUACUGUAAAUCGGGAUGUGGUGAGAUACCCAGAACCAGCCCUGAGUCGAGUCCAGAGAGGAGGCAGAUCCACAAGACAGACAACUGAUCCAGACGCCCUGAAGAAGAUCACAGCCCUGGAGAGCGAGCUGCUCAAACUGCGAGCUCAGAUCGCCAUGAUUGUUACUGGCGCUCCAGCCUCAGGUGUGAUCGAGUCCCAGAAUGCACCAGGCACGCCUUUGAUGUCUCCUCCAGCUCUUACCUCCACGCCUCGCUGUGCUGCUCCACCACCUCCACCUCCUCCUCCUCCUCCUCCUCCUCCUCCUCCCUGCCCUGACUUCUCCACAGAGACUCCUUCUGUAUUAGAGCUGAUCCGGCAGCGCAGGAUGAACGAGAAGGACCUUGAUAAGGGGGGGAUCAAGCCUCAGGACUCAGGCCGCAGCAAGGGUUCAGACGUUAAAGGGAUCCCAUCCAUGCUGGACGUUCUCAAGGAUUUAAAUCAAGUGAAAUUGCGUACAGUGGAGAGAUCACCAGGGGGCACGCCAGUCAGAAGGAGACGCAGUAAGGGAGGUGCAGCACUGCUCAGUGACCCAGCCGCUCUUAUUGCCGAAGCACUAAAGAGAAAGUUCGCCCAGCAUCGCCAUAACAGCUCCUCUGACAAAGAGAAUUCACUAGAAGUGUCACCAUUCGGCAGUCCAGAAACACCCAAGGUCCCCCUCCAUACCAAACGCAGUCAGGGGCGCCUCCACCUCUGAGCCUGUUGAAUCGCAAUUUCUGACCCCGAAAUGUCAGAAGUCGGACGCCCUUUUUACAAUCCCAACCGCAGCCCCCACAGAUGUGCCUCACAAACGGAUUACUACCGCAGCUACUGACUCGCAUUUCAUUUUUAUUCCUGUUUAUUCUCUCGUUCUUGUAAGAGUGUUUGUCUCACAAUGAACAAAGUGCUCGUUUCUGUGAAGUGUCUGUGUUGAGAGACUUGAAUGUAUAAGUUUGGGAUUUUGGUACAGUUGUUCUGUUUUCGUCUUAUUUUUCUUGUCUUAUUCACACAGUGUGGAUAAUGUGUCGAAGCAGCUCGGCACUGUAGCUUAAAGCUGCCUGCCGUCAUGUGUCUUACCUUAACCAAGUGAAAUGGGCACUGAGAUUCACACGGCUCUAUUCUAUGCAACUGCUGCUCCAAGUUGUUUGAUUAAAGUGUUAAAGUGCACUGAUUUUUUUUUUUUGUCAUGCUUGUUUUCAUGUUUUCAUAUAUUUCAGUGUAUGUCCAAACCCAGUUUUAGUUGAUAUUUGUCAUUUUUACAGCAGUGAGACAUAACUGAACUGAUCUUCAGUUGGCAAUAAAGAUUGCAACACACCCAGA